AUGAAAAAGAGCUCCACACAUCGAGGAUCAACAACAUCAAUUACACAAUCAAAAUCUUCCUAUAAUAUCUCCUAGUAAAAUCAAAACCUAGUUGAUGGAUCAUAAAGUAGUAGAUCAACAUCUAACAAUGCCAAAUCUUCAAAUAAUCAAUAGUAAUAAUAGUUAUAAUGGACACCAGACAGAACAGCAGUUCAGAAUUUCAAUAUUAAUAAUCUUGGCAUUAGCGGAGGGAAUAGCAACUGGCAAGCUCUGAUGGGUACUCAACUAAUAGGCAACCAAAAGGUGUAGAGCAGUAGCUAAUCACAAUUAAACGCUUAGGCAAUUGCAGCCCUAACUAAAUAAAUAUAAAGUCGAAGUCCGCUAGUGAAAGAUACAACUAAUACUAGCUAUACAUAAGAUGUUUCACUUGAUAGAUCAUAAAAAAGAGAUCAUAGCAAUAAUGCCAGUGUCUCACCUUUAAGAACAUCAAACGUUUCAAAUUAGUAAAACGUUUUUUAUCCGAAUCAAUCAUAGAAUAUAUCAAGAAAUUAGAGUCACAGAUCAAGUUCUUCCAAUUCCUUUGUGAAUUUGCUUAACAAAACUGCAGGUAUGAUCAGUCAAAACAAUAUCAAUAGCAACAAUCAGAAUCAGAAUCAAUAAGUAAUGCAGGCUUAAUCUAGCAGUAGUUCAAAUCUCGUCACUUCAUCAUCAGAAAACAUUAGCUUCAAAGAAAAAGAGAAGAAAUAUUAAGAUAAAAUUAAAUAGAUGAAGCUUGAGAACAAAAAAUUGUGCAAUUUAUUAGAAGAAUCAGAGAAACUAUUUUAUGGGAAACUAUAAGAAACUAAGAAAGAAUCAUAAAGCAUGAGUUCUAUCAUUAAGCACAUUUGGCCACUCGUUAAGAAUAAGAAAGAAGUGCAGUAACUACUAAAAAAUGCUAAUAUUCAAUAGUUUGAGGAGUAGGAUCAACUCAAUCAAAACUAUAAAUAGCAGAAAGUGCAAAUUGAAAGUUUAGAGGCUAAACUACUACAGUACAAAAAGAGGGAAAAAGAUGUGAAAGAACAGUUGGAAAGGGAAAUGACAACGAGAAUAAAAGCAGAACAUAAGAUUGAAAAGCUAAAGAGAAAGCUUAAGGAGAAAUAGGCUUAUGAAUAAACUGUUAAAAGCUACAUGCAUGAUUCUAGAAAUACUUCAUCAUAUAGAAUGAGAUCAAGUUCAAAUAAUAGACAGCAGCAAACUUCGAAUAGUGGUGCUAAUAUGAGAUCUUCUGAUAUCAGUACAAAGCCCUCUUCUAAUAUUUAAGAACACGUUGAGGAACCAGUGCCCUCAUUUUUGAAAGCAGCAAAUUUCUAUCCAAGUCAUGAAUAAUCAGUAAGUGAUGAAAACGAUUUUUUGAAUGAAACCUUUUCCAAAUCAAGUGGUAACGUCAUAGGAGCUGAAGAUCAAAGAAGAUUUAGUGACAUGAUACUCUCAAUAUGA